ACGUCUUUCCACUUGUCGUUUUAAACUAUCUUCCUGUUACGCAGCGCAGGAGCAUACUGUCUGCCUUGCAAGGCGCGAUUCCAUGGAAACCAAGGAUGUUCUCAUCCAUUGAAAUAGGAUUCUAUUUAUUUGUUCUAAACUCCAAAAACAUAGGGGCAAUAAACGAAACACGUUUACACAGAGCUUCGACGCUGUCACAGCCAGGAGGCCGACACGCAAAGUGGCUCACAAGACGCUGGACGAAGAAGACAUAUCCCUUUGGUAUCAUAAAUGACUUCUGAACUGAAUCUCAUCUGAUCCAAAAGUGGUCUUACUGCAAGAAUUCGCAAUGGCAAUUUUGAAUGCAGAGAAGCUUGCCAGGAUUAGAAAACAUCGUUACCGAUGCGAAGGUCGCGAGGUUCUUUUCAUUCUGGAUCCAGGAUUUGACAAAAUCACUGAAUGCCUGCCGAGAUUCAUCUCUCCAAAUGGACUUACGAUUGUUGGAAUACUGUCUACCACUAUACCUUGUAUCCUUGUGUCGUAUUUUGAACACAUUGGAAACAGACAGGGGGUGCAGGACAUGUCAAGCUGGUGUGCUCUUGGGUUUUUCAUGUGGCUACUUUGUGACAGUAUUGACGGGAAAGUUGCCAGACUAAGAAAUCUCUCUAGCCCAUUUGGAGAGCUUCUAGACCACGGAGGCGACUGCUUCGCUCUCAUGCUUUCUUCAAUGACAAUUGCAUGCCUGUUGCGAGUAUCUGAGACGCACGAAGUAUUCUUUAUGUGGUUUUUCGUGGAUCUCUUCGCUAACUACAUUUCAGAGCCAUAUACCAUGUAUAUUUGUGGCAAAUACCAGUAUGCAAGUUUCGACUUUCUUGCAGUGGUGACAGCAUUCACCUGUAUUAGCCUCGUAUCCGCAAUAUACGGCCUUGACUUUUGGACAUACAACAUUGUUCCUGCUGUGAACUUUCAAUUUCGGCACAUAUUUUACAUUGUAAAAAUCGUGAUUAUUGCUGAUAUUCUACUGGUGAAAUCAAGAGAGUUAUAUAACACUGUGAAAGGACUUCGCGAGCCAAAGAUGCAAGCAGUGAAACCUCUGAUCCCGCUUCUAGUCGUUACGUUGUCAACCGUCGUCGCAUUUUGUUGCUGCUCGUCAGAAUUCUUCCAAAGCAAUUCAAUUCUAUUUCUGCUUUGUUUCGGUUUUUCAUUCGUCAAGAUCCACAUCCAGUUACUUCUGGCGCAGAUGGUCAAAUCACAGAUAAAGAUUUUCGACUAUGCAUUGCUUUUUCCAAUAUUUGUUUCAUUCGGAAUCAUAUUCUGUGAAACACCGAAGAUGGAAAAGAAUUUUAUUCAAAUAUUUUCUAUUAUCACUGCACUGGAUACAACAAUUUAUUUUUUCCGUUUGGUUUAUGAAUUCUACAGAGGUCUUUAUGUGGAGAACGUUGAGGAUCCGCGAAAAUGAACCGACGAUGCAUUUCAAAUUAUGCAUUUUAUCUAAGACAAUUAUGGUUCUUGUUAUUUCGUUGGGAAGCAUCCAAUUUAUUUACUUGCUUAAGUCUUAUUCCGUUUAUUUACAUGAUACCUUUUUGAACUCCGAUAUCCGAGUUAAUUUAUAUGCUUUGUGAUUUGGCAGGCUUCUUGCUUGCUGCGGAUUUUAAAAAGAAAUUGUUGCAGGGGUUAUUCGAGCGUGGUUUUGUUUACCGUUUUGUGGUGUUGUAAAUUUGAUUUGUGUUGUUGUGACUUUAAUUUUGUGUUGCUGUAAACAAAUCGACCCUCUGGAAAAAUGUUUCGUAAAAUAUAAGAAAUCGUUUGGUAAAACUAUAUGAAUUUCCACUCAAUAUAAAACUCAAGAUAUUUGAUUCCAAUUUGAUUUCCCUUUUCUUAGAAACCAAAGAAAAUGUAUACCCUUUUUCCUGAAAUUAAGUAAUUGAAAUAAGGCCAAACAAAGAAAAAUUGGAAGCUAUAUUUAGAUUCCUAUAUCAUACACUCUAUCUUCUAUUAUCUAUUUCCUAGAUAUAUGACAAAAUUGAACCCCUUUCUCAGAGAUAUUGAAGACACGGCUGCUUGCACUUGACAAUAAGAGUGGACCCGCCGGGAGACUGUCGAAUCCGUUCCCUCGAAAUCUUUAUACCUUGCGCUGCAAGAUAACCGGCAAGGGCCUUUUGGAUUGAGCUGUUUAAUUUCUGCAACUCUAAAAUCCAAUGCCUCAUCUGGAAUUUGGCUGUGCCCCCUUGCCUUCAAGCCGUAAAAUGAAAUUCGUCUUUCAAACUGUCAGACUGUCCUCGUGGAAACAUGCAACAGGCUGCUGAUUUGCGGGACAGAGAACCCCAAAUCCGAAAGAGACAAAACCUGCAGCUCCGAAAUGUCAAAAGAUGGUCUACCCUCAUGUCCAUUGUAGGUUAAUGGCACCCUAGCCAUCUUGCUGGCAUCUUCUAUCGACCUUCGUGCAGCUAGAGCGUCUGAAUAGAUGUCUUCAGGCAAGUGUGUUACUGAGUCAAUGAAACUGAUGGCAUCCACAACUAAAUCGACAGUUUUUAAAACAUCAUCAAAAUCAAUAUUAUUUUUAGCAUUUAAACUGAAACAUACUUUUUCGAUACAUUGGCGUACAAUUUCUAUGAGCUCUUCCAUUGUGUUUUCAAAAGAAGUCAUUUAAGGUCCUCGGGCCUAUUGUGUCUUAGUACUCUUGAUACUCUAUGUUUGGUAGUUCCAGGCUCCAAGUAAUAAAAAAGGAUAUCAAGUUUCGACAAAAUCUACCAUGUUAUGAAACAGGAAGUACAAUGUUAUAAAUCAGAGAGUACAAUUUUA